UGGAGCGACAGGUCUCAGGCCCCCAGGCAGAGCGGCGUGCGCCGGACCCCCAGGCGGAGCGACAGGUCUCGGGCCCCCAGGCGGAGCGGCGGGCGCCGGACCCCCAGGCGGAGCAACAGGUCUCAGGCCCCCAGGCGGAGCGUCGGGCGCCGGACCCCCAGGCGGAGCGACAGGUCUCGGGCCCCCAGGCGGAGCGGCGGGCGCCGGACCCCCAGGCGGAGUGACAGGUCUCGGGCCCCCAGGCGGAGCGGCGGGGUCGGUACACAAGCAGACAAGGAGGCGGGACAGGAAGUGAUGGAA